AGUCUGAGAAAAACGAUCGGAGAUCCAGGAGGUGUCUGCUGGACGUGGUGUGCGCCAUUCGAACGUCGAUGCUGUGUGUUGUACAUAUUGUUUAUAUAUAGAAAGAUAGAACGUGAGUGUGUGUGUGUGUGCGAGUGUCUGGUGGGUUUCAAAUUGGAAUUGGAAUUGGUUGAGGAAUACGUGUAUAUCCGCUGCACCAAAGGCCGAAAAUGUGAAUAUAUCCUAAUUACACAUUUUCCGAUCCAUUGUGCCCGAGACGAAUACGCGUAAUUACCAGAGGAAAAUUUCAUUUCAGUGAAUCGGAAACGGAAAAAUUCAAAUUUUUACCAUCGUUUGUGUGCGGCGCAUUCUAAAUAUAAAAAUAAAAAGAAAUCGUUUUCGGUUAAUGCCACCGCCGCCGCCUUGAAAAUCCAAUCCACCAACCUACUCAACUGCGCCCUAAUCCUAGCCAGCCAGCAAGUCCUGAAGAAAGUCCCAUGCCAAAGUGGCCCUGUUGCAGCUAAUUAUAUAGUGAGACCUGAGCAUGGAAAGAUCGCCAGCAGACAAUGCCGCGGAGCCUCCUGGCCAGGAUGGAGGAGGAUUCGAAGUGGGCCAGCGCCGACCGCCGCCCCGCAUUACGUUCAGCGAGAACUCCAGCUCCCUGAUCCGCUGCAUCCCCAACGAACGGGCCACGUUCUUCGUGAAGAUCGACUGCGCCGAGGAGGAUGAGCCGGAACUGCUGCCCUUCAAAUUCGAGUGGAGCCGUAAUGAGAUUCCCAUCGAGAACUCCGACCGCUUCCGCAUCACGGCCACCAGCAACGCCGUCCAGCUUGCCGUGGAGCAUGUACAGCGGGAGGACGCAGGCCACUAUACUCUGUUCGCCAGGACGAAGAGCCAGGAUGUGGUGCGCAGGCACGUGGAGCUCAUCGUGGAGGACAGAUCUACGGGCGACGAUCCGCCGGUGUUCCUGCGCCGCCUGCUCGACCUAUCCGUCAAAGUGGGCACCCGGACACGACUCCUAACCGAAAUUCGCAGUUCAACAGAUCUUAAGCUCACCUGGUACAGAAACGACCGGAGGGUGUGUGCGAAUGACCGCAUUACAGAAAUCAACGAGGGCACUUUCCACUAUCUGGAGGUGAGUCCCGUAACCCUCGAUGACGGUGGUCAGUGGAUGCUCAUGGCGGAGAACUUUGGCGGUCGCAAUUCCUGCCUGGGAACGCUGACCGUGCUGGUGCCGAAGGCCUACAAAACCCCUGAGUUUGUGGAGGAACUUAGAGCGGUGUUGACGGAACAGGGCACUGUCUCCCUGGAGUGUAAGGUGGUGGGCGUGCCCACGCCCCAUCUGCGCUGGUUCAAGGACUCCAAGGAGAUCAAGGCCGGCGACAUCUUCGCCCUGACCGCCAACGCCGAUGACCCCACCUCGCUGGGAACGUACACGUGCGAGGCGCGCAACUGCAUGGGCGUCACCUACUCCAGCUCCAAGGUUCAUGUGGUGGGACGCGGCAGUCGCGAGGGAUCCCUCAAGCCGGCGGACAGCGUGGCGAGCAAUGCGCCGCCUCCGAUAUUCACGAACGAACUGCGGGACAUGAGCCUGCUCAUUGGGGAGACCAUCAUUCUGGGCUGUCAAGUGGUGGUACCGCCAUGGCCCAAAAGCGUCUGCUGGUACAAUGCGAACGGACGUGUCGAUACCGGCGAGCGGUACAAGCUAAUUGAGGAUGGAUUGGGUGUCUAUAUGAUCGAGGUGAAGCCCUCGGAAUGCUGCGAUGCUGGCGAUUGGAAGUGCGUGGUGACCAGUUUCGACGGCAGCGUGGGCAUUUCAUCGUGUUCCGUUGCCAUGGAUAUUCCCAGGAACUAUCGCAAGCCAAGGUUCAUGGAAAGUCUGCGUGCCGUGCUCACCGAGGAAGGCCUUGUGUCCUUUGAAUGCAAGGUGGUGGGCUUUCCUACGCCCGUGCUCAAGUGGUUUAAGGAUGGCCACGAACUCAAGCCAGGUGAUGUUUAUCAGCUGACGGGAACCAACUCACUGGGCACCUACUGCUGCAUUGCCCGCAAUUGCAUGGGAGAAACCAGCAGCACUGCCGUCCUCACCGUGGAGGAUAUCCAAAACCAACUCACCGAUGAGGAGCGAAUGGUCUUUACCCAACAAAGCCAAAACCAGGCGCCAAAGUUUCUAACUGGCUUGAAGAGCACGGAUGCCAAGAUUAACGAACCCUUCCAAUUUAAAGUGGUGGUGAAGGCCACCCCGGAUCCAAUUCUAUCUUGGUUCCGUGACGAGCUACCCAUUGAUCCGAACGAACGAUAUAACCAUUACCGGGGAGAAAACGAGGACUGGCUGCUGGACAUUAAGUCCGUGGAGUUUGUGGACCAGGCGGAGUGGAAGUGCGUGGCCGUAAACGAUUUCGGAACAAGCAUCACCUCGUGUUUCCUGAAACUGCAGAUACCGCGGCACUACAAGAAGCCCAGAUUUCUGGAAUGCCUACGAGCGGUGCUCACGGAGGAGGGAGCCGUGAAUCUGGAGUGCAAGGUCAUCGGUGUUCCUCAACCCGCUCUUAAGUGGUACAAGGAUGGGGUGGAACUGAAACCGGGUGACAUUCACCGCAUCAUUUCUGGCCAGGAUGGCACCUGCUGCCUGGGCACCUACACUUGCGAAGCCAGGAAUUGCAUGGGUGUGGUGGCCAGUUCGGCCUCUCUUUUGGGCUUCGAGGAUGCCCAGAGGAGUCAUCAGCAGCAGCAGCAGAAGAGCGAACAACUGCACGAGAACGAGCUGCAGAGGAACUUUUCGUUGUCCACCAUCCAAGAGGAGCGUACCUCCCAGCUGUACGAGACUCCUGUCGGCGACAUAACCAUCGAUGAGAAGGGUGACGUGUCCUUCUCCUUCGACGGCAAGGAGGUCUCCGUUUCCCUCUACGAGACUCCCGAUCUCACCGAGGAGGAGGCCCUCAAGAUUGUGGAAAUGUAUGCGGACCAAAUCUCUGAGCAUGUGACGGAGCACAAUAUAGUGGAACUACCUCCGCUGCGUUUUGUCAAGGAAACCUCACAGUCGGGAAAGCUCCUAAUGGAAGCCGUGGUCAUUGAUAUUUCCCCCGAAUAUUUCACUGUCGAAGACGAUAUGCGUACUGAGGCGGAUAUGGAUGAUAUAUCCAUAAACGAGAUCACGGUGCAUGGAUCUUCAGCAAGGGAGGACAGAGCCGUCGACAAGGAGACGCAGCAAUAUGUCCAGGAGUCCUUUGACAAAAUGGAGGAGGAGCUUUCGCUAACAGCACCGAUUAGAAAGCGAAAGAAGUCCAAGCCCACAGAGACAGAUGAGUUCUUCAGCUUGUCAAAAGCCUCGGGAGCCUCGGGCAGUCAAGGUGAGGAGGAGGAGACAUCUGAUUUGCAAACCUUUGCCAGUGCUCAGAUGUCCGCAUCCCAAAAGGCGGCGACCUCUGAAGCUCAAACCAGUCCAGAAAAGGACAAAGACGCAAUGGCUCCGCCGAAACGAAAGAAGUCCAAGAGACCCACGGACAGUGAAUCCUCCAAGACCACCGAGGAUGACGCCCGUUUGCAGGACAUUUCAGGUGCAGUAGGUGAUGGACUCCUGGUUACACCAUCCUCCCACGCAAAGGCCGUUACCGAUGAGAAUGAGAUUAACAAAAAUCUUAUGUCCCUCGUUCCACUGGCAAAAUUGCUCAAGGUUAUUGAGAAUCAUCUGGUUGCAGUCGAGAACGAGGUGAUGGAACAGUCCACCAUGAUGAUGACUCCUUCGGCAGCAGAUCAGAGUAUUGCCAUUAUACGCAACAUUAUAGAUCCCAUCAAGCAAAUCGAAUCCAAGCUAAGGGUCUACUCUGGGGAGACCCAAAUCGAUGCCCUCAUCCAAUCCAUGGACGAGGAUAUUCGUCGACUUCACAUGGGUCUGCAGGUAAUCGAGAAGUGUGUGGAAAUCGACGAGACUGGAGCCACGCUCAUUCAGCGCACCAGUGUCUGUAUUAUUGACAGCGUGGCCGACCAAAUGAAACGAGCCCUCGAGGAACUGAAGAUCGUGAGCAGGAAGUUCGAGUCGGAGUGCCUGCGUUCCCAAAUCGAACUGACUGCCGAUGACAUUCAGCAGGGAUUGGAGAUCACCCAGGGCACCAUUAAAUCGCAGGCCCUUUUGCAGGAGGCUCAGGAACUGGAAGCAGCCAAGCAUUUCUCAGAAACUGUUGAAAAAAUGCAAGAAGUUCCAGAUUCCAUAUCCUUUGCCACCAUUUCGGAGGCCAAUCUGCCCAGCGAAGCAAGUGCUCUAAAAGAGAUUUGUCAACCUGUAGCUAAGAUACAGGAAGCCCUGGAACGCGUUGAGAUGGAGCUUUCCUUGGAGGAAUCGGAAGAGCAGAUCUACAAGAAGGUGCACCAGAAAGUCCUCGAAAGCAUUGUGGAGCCGAUUAAGCAGCUGCAAAGUACAUUGCAGUCCAUAGAGGACAAAACUGAAUCGCUGGCAGGCUCCGAGUCAAUGGAGCAGAAAAUCAACAUGGCCAUUCUCGACAUUGUCACCCCACCACUUUUCGAGCUCAACAAGGGUCUGGAAGUCAUCCUAAACGAGAAGUCAGACAGUGUGGAGGGAGGCAUGCUAACUGUUAGUACUGUGGAAUCGAUGGUGCCACCCUUGCAGGAGAUCCAAAAUGGUCUAGCGCAACUUGGUCAAGAUCUGGAAAGCGGCCAAGCCUCCAUUCCCCAGGAGGAACUCCGAUCUGAGCCAGCACUGGAUGUUGCCGACACACAGAAACUUUUGCAGUCUUUCGCCCAGGCUGUUUUGCAUUUUGAGACAAACAUCGAGAGGAUCUCUGCACGACUCUCCUCGAACGUAAAAAUAAGAUUACUCAAUCUAAAGGAUGAACUAUCUGCUUUGAUAAGCUCUAUUUUGGAAAGAGAUAUUACCGGACAUCACGUGGAGCUGCUGGACAGACUGAAGCGUCCCGUCGAUGAGUUAAACUACUGCAUCCGACAGACGGAGGUCAAGAACAUGACUGGUUCCUUGGCCGACCUCAUUGAACCCUUGAGCAUGUUGCAGGAAAACACCCAAAAAGGUCAUGGACGUUUGUUGACAGCUCGUGAGCCCGAUCAGCAAGCCCUGCAGACCCUGGACAACAUUCGCAGCAUCAUUCGCAACGUGGUCAUUGAUAUUGAAGAGCACGAGUUUAAGAUUCUGCAGCAGGAGAUUCAGCUGGAUGAAGAGCAAGCAACGCAGCAGCAGGACAAAUCUUUCAGUGCCCUGCGGAAGGUCUUGGAAACAAAGGUGUCCUUAGAGGAAGCAGUAGGCAACAUUGAAACACUGCAGGAAGCUCUAAACAAAAUAAGCGAGAGCCCAAAAGCUUCUGAGCAAGUGAAAACAACCUCAAACGAAGCUCAAGUUUACCUCUUAAGGAUUCUGCAAAUCGCCAAGGGAUUGGCUACAUUUAGCGAAGCUGAGACUACGCUUGAUAUCAACGAGGCCAACACAACCAGAAUUCUUUUCGAGUGUGGCAAAAGUUUUGCUGACUUGGCUAAAGCCCUGGAAAGUCAAGAAUCCUUGUCCAACAAUGACUUUAUCCUUGCCCUGAAUCAGUUUGGUGAUAUUGUUGGACAACAGAAGCAAUCAAUGGAUGAAAAGCUUUCAAUAGCCAGUCCUCUUUCGAGUCUGAUCCAUGUGCUUGAAAAUCUGAAGCCUUCAAGGGCCUCAAUGGAGGAUUUGUCCACUUUGGAUGAUGUUUCAGUGCUUAAGUCAGCCGCAGAGUCUUUGCCCACCGAGCCGGAGGUGGAUCACUUGAGUGCCGAGAAGCCAUCAUCUGUGGCUGUUCUCCUAUCCGACUUAAACAAAGGUAUUACAUCGGUUCUUUCCCACUGUGAAGAUCCCGAUGUCGUGUCCUUAUCCGGAAAUGCCGCCCAGCAAGUGCAGGCAGCCAUUGUCAAGAUGCAAGAACUGCAAAAUAGUUUGGCACUUGUGCAAGAAAUUAAUGUUGUGGAAGCAGCUCAUUCUCUAUCGGAGGCUAGUCAACAGGGCACGUUUGCCGAAGCCCUCUGCAGCUUGGAGAGAUGUGUUCUUCAAGUCGAGGAGUGCAUGGCCCACAGUGGAGUGGAGAAUAUAAAUGAUCUGGAACUUUCCAAACUCAAGACUUUAGCCACUCCACUUCGCGAUGUUAGGCAGUACUGCGAACAGAUUGACGUACAACUCCUGGAGAAUGUCAUUGAUAUAUCUACGCAGGGGGACAUCUCUGACUUGAAGAGCAGUGGUCAUCAACAAACCGUUUCAGAUCACAUCCAGGAGGUGGCUGUCAUCGAAGAAGAGCCAAAAGUGGAGGUGUUCGACAUACAACAAGGUGUGGCAAGUGGCAUUAAACAACUUGAGGCUUGCUUAGAGGUCACCCAAACGGAUACAAACAAGGAGCUACAGCAAGUUGGCAAAAUUAUGGAACAGCUUAAAUCAGAUUUAGAGAAUAUACAGACUGCUCUGGUCACAGAUAGCGUUCAGCAGGAAACUGUUUUGGCACAGGCUGAAAUAGCUCGCACCAUGUUUAAAUUAAAGGAGUCCCUGGUGCACACCUAUGAAUCUGGUUUGGUGGACUCAUUGGAGAACGUGGAGAGUGCCUUUGAAGAUAUAUUGCUUUCGUUACCAAUUCUAGAGACACAAUUGGCAGAGGAGAUGUUCGGCAAAAUCGAAAAGGCCUUCAGAAACUUUGUUGUCCAUUGUGAGCGUCUAGAAGCUGUUGAUCAUCAGAAGCUGAAGACACUGAAGAAUCCUAUUGAAAAUCUUGUGCGUUCAAUCGGAGCUGUGGCUACUCAACCAACCGUGGAUGUCGACAAAUCAUCAGCGGUCGUUGUUCAACUUCAGACAAGUCUUAUGGCUGCUUUUCGCAGUCUAAACGAAGUUAGUGAGCAGGUCGGUAACGAGGUAUUGGGUGGACUCCUAAAGACCCAAAGUAGCUUAGUAACAGUCUUCGAUUUUAUUGAGAACAGUGAGAACACGAUUCGCGUCAUAGAACUUCUGCAGGAAAUCGACUCCCUUACAGCGGAAUUAAAGGCAUUAUCUCAAAUCCAAGUUGAGCCAACCGUGCCAAUCGACAUUAGCAUAAUUAUUGAAAAUGUCUCGUCUGGUAAAGCAUUCCUUACCGAAAUCGAGGAGGGACUUCAAGCAAAUAAUCCGCAGUGCAUUCUUUUGCUCGACGAAAACACUGACGACAUCGCUCAACUAGAGGCAACUCUUGUGCAAAUUGAGAAAGAAAUCCUUUCUCAACCGCAACUUACACAGAUUACCGCUAAGCAAUUUAGCCUAAUAGAUACUCUGCAACUACAGAUAAAUAUUCUUCAGGCAAAGUUAAACAAACUGAACGUGUUUCUUUCUGAAAUUCAAAACCAAUCGGAUGUCUCCUCGCCUGAAUCAGCCUUCGAUAGUGAAAUAGAAACCAAAGAAGGUUCAGGAAGCCAGGAAGACAUUGAACCAGAAGCUAAAAGACCAAAAAUUGUGGAAACUGAUCAACAACUGGAUUCUGAGAAACAACACGAGACUAAAAAAUCUUCUGUUAUAACUGAGGAAAUAAUAUUAAUGAGUGAGGAAACGAUUAAUGAAACCAAAAAGUUAAAUGAAAUUGAACCUAAACUUCAACGUGAAGACAAGACUCUAACAGAAAAAGAACUACUUAAGGCGGUAAAUCAAGAUACUGACCAGAAGGUUGCUCCCGAAAAAACAUCUGAUUUGGAAAUAAAUAAACCACAACCAUUAGCUGAAGAUGAAGAGGUAGUGAAUCAAAAAAUUAUGGAAGCUGGGGCUCAAAAGGUAUCUCCAGAAGCAAUUUUCGAGUCGUUAACGGAAAAGUUAUCCCAGACAAAUAAUGACGUUAUAAAAUCUAUUAUUACUGAGUGCCAAGAUAUUCUUGAGAAUAUCAACAACAUUGAUAAAGUUUCAAAAUCUGUUUUCAAACUAAGAGAACAUAUAGUUCACACUUAUGAUGGUAGGCCUCCAGAAGAACAGAAAGACAAAGAACUUGUUGAAGAAUUCAUUGAAUCACUUUUCGAAGCCUGCCCAGAAGCCAUCCAGCAAGUAAUUCAAAACUAUAUUAAAGAAAUUAAAACCAACAUUAUUUUAACAAAAGCGGCAAUUCAACUUAUUGACGAUAGCAAAAUGUUUACUAAGCCCUCUCUCUUAGUUCCAAAAUUGGUCAAUUUAGAAAAAAUAUCAGAAAAAAUUCAAUUGGAACAAAAUAUUGAUAAGUCAUCUGAAAAAAUGGUUAGUCUGCGACAGAAUUUAAUGGAUAUGUUUAUUAUACUUGAUGACCUUUCGGACGAAAAGACGGAACAAAUAAAUUCCAAGAUAGAAGAUGUCAAAAAAAUACUGCUAAGCGAAUAUGACUACAUUGAAAAUAAGCAGGGUCCUUUAAGUACUGCAGUGGUUCAUGGAAAAAUACAAAUAAUAACACAAAAGAUCCUAAAUAUUUGUGAAGACUUUAAGGAUUUCAUUGAAAAACAAAAACAAAGCAAAGUCGAUGCAGCCGAAGUUUCCGUGGGAGACGAAAAGACAGAAGACACCGUUGACCAUGAAAUACCGUUAAUAUCCGAUAUUUCAGAACAGCUUUUGAGGUUCGAAAUAAACGAAAUGGAAACUAAGUCAGAGUCCCAGGAGCAAGCCGAAGAAAAGAUUGAGGAACCCAAGAAGUCUGAAAUAAAAGAAGCUGAAACGGAAUCGGAGAAUGCUGAAGCUUUGGAGAAACAAGUUUUAGAGGAAAAGCAAUUAGAAGCUGAGGCUCAAAAGCAAGCUGAUAAAGAUAUUGAACAGAAAUCACAGAAACCAGAAGUAUCUGAAGUCGUUGCACAGAAAAUAUCCGAAGAAAAGAUUGAAGAGCCUAAGAAGUCUGAAAUAAAGGAUUCUAAAACCAAAUCGGAGAAGGCUGAAGCUUUGGAGAAACAAGUACUGGAGGAAAAAGAAUUGAAAGCUGAGGCUCAAAAGCAAGCUGAUAAAAAUAUUGAACAGAAAUCCCAGAAGCCAGAAGUAUCUGAAGUCGUGGCACAGAAGAUAUCCGAAGAAAAAAUUGAACUGCCUAACAAGCCUGAAAUAAAGGAUUCUGAAACUAAGUUAGAGAAGGCUGAAGCUGUAGAGGAAAUACAAUUGCAAGCUGAGGCUCAAAAGCAAGCUGACAAGGAUAUUGCUCAGAAAUCCCAGAAGCCAGAAGUAUCUGAAAUUGUUGCAGAAAAGAUAUCCGAAGAAAAGAUUGAAAAGCCUAAGAAGUCUGAAAUAAAGGAUUCUGAAACUAGGUUGGAGAAGGCUAAAGCUUUGGAGAAACAAGUUCUAGAGGAAAAGCAAUUAGAAACUGAGGCACAAAAGCAAGCUGAUAAAGAUAUUGAACAGAAACCCCGGAAACCAGAAGUAUCUGAAGUCGUUGUAGAGAAGAUAUCCGAAGAAAAGAUUGAAGAGCCUAAAAAGCCUGAAAUAAAGGAUUCUGAAACUAAGUUGGAGAAGGCUGAAGCUUUGGAGAAAGAAGUUCUGGAGGAAAAGCAAUUAGAAGCUGAGGCACAAAAGCAAGCUGAUAAAGAUAUUGAACAGAAACCCCAGAAACCAGAAGUAUCUGAAGUCGUUGUAGAGAAGAUAUCCGAAGAAAAGAUUGAAGAGCCUAAAAAGCCUGGAAUAAAGGAUUCUGAAACUAAGUUGGAGAAGGCUGAAGCUUUGGAGAAAGUAGUUCUGGAGGAGAAACAAUUCGAAGGUGAAGCCCAAAAGCAAGCUGACAAGGAUAUUGAUCUGAAAUCCCAGAAAACAGAAGUAUCUGAAGUCGUUGCAGAGAAGAUAUCCGAAGAAAAGAUUGAAGAGCCUAAAAAGCCUGAAAUAAAGGACUCUGAAACUAAGUUGGAGAAGGCUGAAGCUUUGGAGAAACAAGUUCUAGAGGAAAAGCAAUUAGAAGCUGAGGCACAAAAGCAAGCUAACAAGGAUAUUGAACCGAAAUCCCAGAAAGCAGAAGUAUCUGAAGUCGUUGCAGAGAAGAUAUCCGAAGAAAAGAUUGAAGAGCCUAAAAAGCCUGAAAUAAAGGAUUCUGAAAAUAAGUUGGAGAAGGCUGAAGCUUUGGAGAAACAAGUUCUAGAGGAAAAGCAAUUAGAAGCUGAGGCACAAAAGCAAGCUAACAAGGAUAUUGCUCUGAAAUCCCAGAAGCCAGAAGUAUCUGAAGUCGUUGCAGAGAAGUUAUCCGAAGAAAAGAUUGAAGAGCCUAAAAAGCCUGAAAUAAAGGGUUCUGAAACUAAGUUGGAGAAGGCUGAAGCUUUGGAGAAAGAAGUUCUGGAGGAAAAGCAAUUAGAAGCUGAGGCACAAAAGCAAGCUGAUAAAGAUAUUGAACAGCAACCCCAGAAACCAGAAGUAUCUGAAGUCGUUGUAGAGAAGAUAUCCGAAGAAAAGAUUGAAGAGCCUAAAAAGCUUGAAAUAAAGGAUUCUAAAACUAAGUUGGAUAAGGCUGAAGCUUUGGAGAAAGAAGUUCUGGAGGAAAAGCAAUUAGAAGCUGAGGCUCAAAAGCAAGCUGAUAAAGAUAUUGAACAGAAAUCACAGACACCAGAAGUAACUGAAGUCGUUGCACAGAAAAUAUCCGAAGAAAAGAUUGAAGAGCCUAAGAAGUAUGAAAUAAAGGAUUCUGAAACCAAAUCGGAGAAGGCUGAAGCUUUAGAGAAACAAGUACUGGAGGAAAAAAAAUUGGAAGCUGAGGCUCAAAAGCAAGUUGAUAAAAAUAUUGAACAGAAAUCCCAGAAGCCAGAAGUAUCUGAAGUCGUGGCACAGAAGAUAUCAGAAGAAAAGAUUGAACUGCCUAACAAGCCUGAAAUAAAGGAUUCUGAAACUAAGUUGGAGAAGACUGAAGCUUUAGAGGAAAUACAAUUGGAAGCUGAGGCUCAAAAGCAAGCUAACAAGGAUAUUGCUCAGAAAUACCAGAAGACAGAAGUAUCUGAAGUUGUUGCAGAGAAGAUAUCCGAAGAAAAGAUUGAAGAGCCAAAGAAGUCUGAAAUAAAGGAUUCUGAAACUAAGUUGGAGAAGGCUGAAGCUUUGGAGAAACAAGUUCUAGAGGAAAAGCAAUUAGAAGCUGAGGCACAAAAGCAAGCUAACAGGGAUAUUGAACCGAAAUCCCAGAAAGCAGAAGUAACUGAAGUCGUUGCAGAGAAGAUAUCCGAAGAAAAGAUUGAAGAGCCUAAAAAGCCUGAAAUAAAGGAUUCUGAAAAUAAGUUGGAGAAGGCUGAAGCUUUGGAGAAACAAGUUAUAGAGGAAAAGCUGUUAGAAGCUGAGGCACAAAAGCAAGCUAACAAGGAUAUUGAUCUGAAACCCCAGAAGCCAGAAGUAUCUGAAGUCGUUCCAGAGAAGAUAUCCGAAGAAAAGAUUGAAGAGCCUAUGAAGUCUGAAAUAAGGCAUUCUGAAACUAAGUUGGAGAAGGCUGAAGCUUUGGAGAAAGAAGUUCUGGAGGAAAAGCAAUUGGAAGCUGAGGCACAAAAGCAAGCUGAUAAAGAUAUUGAACAGAAACCCCAGAAGCCAGAAGUAUCUGAAGUCGUUGUAGAGAAGAUAUCCGAAGAAAAGAUUGAAGAGCCUAAAAAGCCUGAAAUAAAGAAUUCUGAAACUAAGUUGGAGAAGGCUGAAGCUUUGGAGAAAGAAGUUCUGGAGGAGAAACAAUUCGAAGGUGAAGCCCAAAAGCAAGCUGACAAGGAUAUUGAUCUGAAAUCCCAGAAGCCAGAAGUAUCUGAAGUCGUUCCAGAGAAGAUAUCCGAAGAAAAGAUUGAAGAGCCUAAGAAGUCUGAAAUAAAGGAUUCUGAAACUAAGUUGGAGAAGGCUGAAGCUUUGGAGAAACAAGUUCUAGAGGAAAAGCAAUUGGAAGCUGAGGCUCUAAAGCAAGCUGACAAGAAUACUGAUCAGAAAUCCCAGAAGCCAGAAGUAUCUGAUGUCGUUGCAGAGAAGACGUCCGAAAAGCAGAUUGAAGAAGCGCAGAAGCCUAUAACAAAGGAUUCCGAAACUAAAUCGGAUAAGGCCAAAGUUUUGGAGAAACAAAUCCUGGAGGAAAAUCCACUGGAAGUUGAGGCACAUAAGCAAAGUGACAAAGAUAUUAAACUAAAAUCCGAAAUGCAAGAAGUAUCCGAAGCUAAAAACGAAAAAUCAGAAGAUUAUUUAGGCAUUUUAACUAUAAAAUUAGCCGAGUUAUUUGAUACGGCUAACUGUGGUUUAAGUGAAAUUUUAACAGAAAACCGGGACAUAAUUAAUAACCUUCACGAUUCAGACGCUGUUUCCAAAUUAAUAUAUAAAUUAAGAGAGCAUAUAGUACACACUUACGAUGGUAAAUCUGUCGAUGAUCAAAAAGAUCAUAAACUCUUGGAAUCAUUUAUUGUAUCGCUGUUCGAGGCUUCUCCUGAAGCAGCUAAACAAGUAAUGCCCAAUUAUCUCAAAGAAAUUAGGACCAAUGUGAUUUUAACAAAAGCUGCAAUCCAACUUAUAGACGACUGCAACAUGUUCACCAAGCCAUCUUUAUUAAUUCCAAAACUUGUAAAUCUAGAAAGAAUUUCAGUAAAAAUUCAAUCGGAACAAUAUGUUCACAAGUCAUCUGAAAAAAUGGUUAGUCUGCAACAGAGUUUAAUGGAUAUUUUCGUAAUUCUUGAUGAUCUGUUAGACGAAACGACGGAUAUAUUGAAACCAAAAAUAGAACAAAUUAAAAUGUUAUUGCUUAGCGACUAUGACUACGUCGAAAAUAUACAGGGGCAACUGCAUACCGCAGUAAUAAAUGGAAAGAUUCAAAUUAUUACCCAACAUAUCCAAACUAUUAUUGAAGACCUAAAACAGUUGACUGAUAAAAAGGCUUCAAAAGCUGAUGUCUCCGAGGUUAUUGCUGAAAAAAUAUCCGAUGAGAAGGUCGAAGCAAGUAAAAAUAAUGAAGUCGAGGAAACUGAAUCUAAAACUAAGCAAGCAAAGCUUUUGGAGAAGAAAUCAGUCGAAGUAGAAAUACUGGAUGAAAAGAAUCAAAAACCGGCUGAGAAGGCUGAUGAUACUAAGACUCAAAAGCCUGAGGUCUCCGAGGCUGUGGCUGAAAAGAUAUCAGAAGAGAAGGCUGAAGAAAGUGAACAGACCGAAGUCAAGGACACUGAAGCUAAAUCUAAGGCAACACUCCUGGAGAAGAAAUCAAUCGCAGAACAACAACUGGAUAAAAAGGGGCAAAAACAGGAUGACAUCGCUGUCGACAAGAAACCUCAAAAGGUUGAGAUAUCCGAGAUUGUUGCUGAAAAGAUAUCCGAAGAGACGGCUGAAGAAAGUAAAAAAACCGAAGUCAAGGACACUGAAGCUAAAUCUAAGAAGGCAAAGCUCCUGGAGAAAAAAUCAAUGGAAGAACAACAACUGGAUGAAAAGAGUCAAAAACAGGAUGAGAUCGCUGGCGACAACAAAGCUCAAAAGGCUGAGGUAUCCGAGAUUGUUGCUGAAAAGAUAUCCGAAGAGACGGUUGAAGAAAGUAAAAAAACCGAAGGGAAGGACACUGAAACUAAAUCUAAAAAGCCAAAACUCCUGGAAAAGAAAUUAAUGGAAGAACAACAAUUGGAUGAAAAGAGUCAAAAACUUGUUGAGAUCGCUGACGACAAGAAAGCUCAAAAGGCUAAGGUCUCCGAGAUUGUUGCUGAAAAGAUAUCCGAAGAGACGGUUGAAGAAAGUAAAAAAACCGUCGUCAAGGACACUGAAGCUAAAUCUAAGAAGGCAAAGCUUCUGGAGAAGAAAUCAAUGGAAGAACAACAACUGGAUGAAAAGAGUCAAAAACAGGACGAGAUCGCUGACGACAAGAAAGCUCAAAAGGCUAAGGUCUCCGAGAUUGUUGCUGAAAAGAUAUCCGAAGAGACGGUUGAAGAAAGUAAAAAAACCGACGUCAAGGACACUGAAGCUAAAUCUAAGAAGGCAAACCUCUUGGAGAAGAAAUCAAUGGAAGAACAACAACUGGAUGAAAAGAGUCAAAAACAGGACGAGAUCGCUGACUACAAGAAAGCUGAAAAGGCUAAGGUCUCCGAGGUUGUUGCUGAAAAGAUAUCCGAAGUGACGACUGAAGAAAGUAAAAAAACCGAAGUCAAGGACACUGAAGCUAAAUCUAAGAAGGCAACGCUUUUGGAGAAGAAAUCAAUCGAAGAAGAAAAACUGGAUGCAAAGAAUCAAAAACAGGCUGAGAUCGCUAACGGCAAGAAAUCUCAAAAGGGUGAGGUCUCCGAGAUUGUUGCUGAAAAGAUAUCCGAAGACACGGCUGAAGAAAGUAUAAAAACCGAAGUCAAGGACCCUGAAGUUAAAUCUAAGAAGGCAAAGCUCCUGGAGAAGAAAUCAAUGGAAGAACAACAACUGGAUCAAAAGAGUCAAAAACAGGACGAGAUCGCUGACGACAAGAAAGCUCAAAAGGCUAAGGUCUCCGAGAUUGUUGCUGAAAAGAUAUCCGAAGAGAAGGUUGAAGAAAGUAAAAAGACCCAAGUCAAGGACACUGAAGCUAAAUCUAAGAAGGCAAAGCUUUUGGAGAAGAAAUCCGUCGAAGAACAACAGCUGGAUGAAAAGAGUCAAAAACAGGACGAGAUCGCCGACGUUAAGAAAGCUCAAAAGGCUGAGGUCUCUGAGGUUGUUGCUGAAAAAAUAUCCGAAGACACGACUGAAGAAAGUAUAAAAACCGAAGUCAAGGACCCUGAAGUUAAAUCUAAGAAGGCAAAGCUCCUGGAGAAGAAAUCAAUGGAAGAACAACAACUGGAUGAAAAGAGUCAAAAACAGGACAAAAUCGCUGACGACAAGAAAGCUCAAAAGGCUAAGGUCUCCGAGAUUGUUGCUGAAAAGAUAUCCGAAGAGACGGUUGAAGAAAGUAAAAAAACCGACGUCAAGGACACUGAAGCUAAAUCUAAGAAGGCAAAGCUUCUGGAGAAGAAAUCCGUCGAAGAACAACAGCUCGAUGAAAAGAGUCAAAAACAGGACGAGAUCGCUGACGACAAGACAGUUGAAGAGGCUGAGGUCUCCGAGGUUGUUGCUGAAAAGAUAUCAGAAGAGGCGGCUGAAGAAAGUAAAAAAACCGAAGUCAAGGACACUAAAGCUAAAUCUCAGAAGGCAAAGCUCUUGGAGAAGAAAUCAAUCGAAGAAGAAAAACUGGAUGCAAAGAAUCAAAAACAGGCUGAGAUCGCUGACGGCAAGAAAUCUCAAAAGGGUGAGGUCUCCGAGGUUGUUGCUGAAAAGAUAUCCGAGGAGAAGGUUGAAGAAAGUAAAAAGGCCCAAGUCAAGGACACUGAAGCUAAAUCUAAGAAGGCAAACCUUCUGGAGAAGAAUUCAAUCGAAGAAGAAAAACUGGACAAAAAGAAUCAAAAACAGACUGAGUUCGCAGAUGGAGCUGAGUCUCUAAAGGCUGAGGUCUCAGAGGUUGUUGCUGAAAGGCUAUACGAAGAAAAGGCUGAAGACAGUAAAAAGACCGAAUUCAAAGAUACUGAAGCUAAAUCUAAGAGGGCAAAGCUCUUGGAGAAAAAAACAAUCGAAGAAGAGAAACUGGAUGAAAAGAAUAAUAAGCAGGCUGAAGCCUCUGCUGAUAAAAAGGCUCAAAAGGCUGAGAUCACCGAGGUUGUUGCUGAAAAUUUAUCAGAAAAGAAGGUUGAAGCUAAGGACUCUGAGGCCAAAUCUAAAAAGCCAAAUGACCUAGAGAAGAAAUUAGUUGAAGAGAAACUGGAUGUUACGAAACCAAAACAGGCUGAUAGAAGAAGAGGGCAAAAGGAAGAGAUCGGGCUUAUUGAUGAAAAGAAAUCCGAAGAAAAGGCCUUCGUCGAAGAUGUUAACGUUGAGGCUAAGAAGAAAAAUGCAUUUGCAGAUGAGGAAACCAGGGACUUGCAUGAAGAUUUAGCUGUUGCAAGACGAAAGCCACAUGAAAUUGAAGAAACUGCUGACUCCAUUAGCCUGCAGACGUACAAGUCAUUCAGUUCUGAGUACAAGGAUAAGAAGGAAUCCCGAAGUGCCAAACGCAAGCCAACGAUUGACAUACAGCUAACCAAUCGGAACACGGCGUCCGGCAGCGAUCUCAAGUUGACUUGUGGGCUGUCGGGUCACGACAUGAAUGUGCAGUGGUUCAAGGAGAACAACCCCAUCGAUAAUGGGGCCAAGUAUAGGAGGACAUUGAACGACGGACUGUCGUGCCUUGAAAUUAAAUCGGCCGAUCUUAGUGAUUCUGGCAUUUACCGCUGCAUAGCGUCCAAUCAAAAUGGAGAAGUCGAAACUAGCUGUCUUGUGACUAUAUACGAAGCACCUUCGAGCAAAUUUGGCACCCCGCCAAUAUUUACACGCAACAUUCGAGAGUACUACCAUCUGCGCGACGAUGAGCUGACCAUCGAGUGCCAUGUGCACGGAGUACCGCGUCCGGUGAUCACCUGGUGGCGUGGUGCCUUCCAGGUGAAGCCCAGCUACAAGUUCACCAUGCUGGAGGAGGCGCACGGCGUGUGCAAGCUGCUCAUCUACAAGCCCGGUAACAAGGACAGUGGGAUCUACACCCUGAAGGCGAUUAACUCUAGUGGAGAGGUCCAAAUCAACCACACUGUCGAGGUGGCCCGGAAUCUGCACUACCACGUCCCUGGAAUCUUCCAUGCCCGCGACAAGAUUCAGCUAGACAGCUUGAAACAGGCCAAGAAGGCCAUGGAAGCGGCCCUCAAGUCGAAGGCUGACUCCGAUCAGAGAAGGGCUGAGGCGGAGGAGGAGCAGGCGCGUUUGCAUCCGGUGAGGGCCACUCCGGAGAAGCUGGUGCCUGCCAAGCAGAAGCUGGCAUUUGCCACUCAACUGCGCGACCGCAUGGCACUGGAGGGAUCGACCAUCAAGUUUGUGGCCACUGUGAUUGGACCCGACCCCAAUACCCGCUGGAUGAAGGACGACAAGUGGGUCGUGGUGGGCGGCAACAUCAAGAACCUGUCCGAGGAGGGCAAGGCCAUUCUCGAGAUCAGCAACGUUACAGCCGCCGAUUCGGGCGUCUACAAGUGCGUGGCCAAAAACGAUCUCAGCGAGAUCGAGACCUCCUGCUACUUCAAAGUGUAUGCUGCCCAGGCGGAUGGCGACGAGUCGGAGCCCAUUUUCGCCCUACCCCUAAGAGAUGUGUAUCACGCCUCGCAGAACGAUCUGAUUCUCGAUACGAAGGUGCGCGGCAACCCCCGCCCCGAAAUCUCGUGGACCAAGGACCAGAUACCCGUGGUGCUCGACGAUCGGGUGGUGCAGAUCGAGCACUUGGACGGCAUUUGCGAGCUGAUCAUCAACAAGCCGACGAUCAAUGACAACGGCAUCUACGUGUGCACAGCCAAGAGCAAGCUGGGCAGUCAGUCGACCACCCACACGGUCGUUGUCGACACCACCCACACGUCGCGCCGCUCGAGCAUCCUGUCCGCCAUUGCCAUGCAAGAAGGAGGAGGUGAGCCCGCCGAGGGUGGCAAGGCCAAGGGCAAGAAAAAGAAGAAGGACGCUGAGGAAGAGGGAGCCGCUGCCGGUGGAGAAGGUGGCUACGAGCGACGCAGCCGGAUGCCCGAUCCUUCGCCCAAGCAGAUGCUUUACUUCACGGUCAACCUGUCCAAUCGUUACGUGGCCGAGGGAUCCAAGGUCAAGUUGCAGGCCGUCAUUGGAGGGCCGCAGCCCAUGAUCAAGUGGCUGAAGGACGACCAGCCGGUCACGUACGGCAACAACAUUCGCAACAUGAACCGGGACAGCCUGGCAGUGCUGGAGUUUACCAAUGCCCAGGCGGAGGACUCGGGCACCUACUCCAUCAUAGCACAGAACGAGCAUUGCAAGAUCACCACCUCGGGCUUGCUGCAUGUCUACCAGCCGAAGGUCAACACGGAUGUACAGCCCGUCUUUAUUCGCUCUUUGAAAGAAACCUACCACCUGAACACCAACGAGCUAAUCCUGGAGACGGCCGUAAGGGGACAGCCCACGCCCGAGGUCCAGUGGUUCAAGGACAGCAUCGAAAUCCAGAGCGGCGGUCGUUACCAGCUCAUCGAGCACCAGGACGGCACCUGUGAGCUCAUCAUCGAUCGGCCGGACAACAAGGACUCCGGCAAGUAUGUGCUCAAGGCCGAAAGUCGCGCCGGCAAAAUGGAGAUCUCGCACUAUGUGCUCUUUGAGGGUCAGGCCCAUCACAUUGCGGACAACAUCCAUGGCGUGUUCCAUGCGGACAAGAGUCUGCUGCGUCCCAAGGAGGUGGAGAAACCGGUGGAAAAGAAGCCGGCGGCACCAGCCGCUGCUGCGGAACCGGAAUCGGAGGCUGAGGAUGGCAAGGGAAAGAGACGUGGUCGCAAGGAGGAGGAUGAAGGAGCUUCCUCUGCCUACGCAUCCGACUAUGCCUCUGAUUCGGGCAGUUUGUCCAGCAAGCGUCGCGAGAAGAACAUUGCGAUUCACUUCAGCACCUCGAUGCGAGAUCGUGUUGUGGCCGAGGGGUCGAAGGUGAAGAUUUCGUGCUUCCUGGAGGCCAAGGAGCCGCAGGUCAAGUGGUUCAAGGACGGCGAGCAGAUCCAGAACUCGCCCAAGAUCAGGGGACGGUACAGUGAGGGCUUGUGUCUUUUGGAGAUCAUGAGUGCCACCGCGGAGGACAACGGCGAGUACAAGUGCUGGGGUCGCGACGAAACUGGAGAGGCUUCCACCUCAUGCAAACUGGAAGUGUACGAGGAUCCGGGCACCGGUGAUGUGCCACCCACCUUCACCCGAAAUAUUAAAGACACAAUGCACGGCAAGAUCAACGAACUUCAGCUGGACGUCCAUGUGCGUGGACUGCCAACUCCGUCGGUGACGUGGGUGAAGGAUGGCGUCAAGAUCGAGAAUAGCGAGAAGUAUCAGCAGGUAGACCACGACGACGGCACCUGUGAGCUGUUCAUCAGUCAUCCAAAGGCCUCGGACAGCGGCAAGUACGUGUGCCAGGCGGAGAAUCGCGAGGGCAAGACGGAGAUCGUCCACAUGAUCACUGUGGAACCACGCGUAAGAGCUCCACGCAUCUCGCCGCCCAGGGAGGGUAGACCACCACGUCCGGCGGGGGAUGAAGAGGCCCCAGCUGGUGAAGAAGGCGCCGAAGGAGAAGGCGGCGAGAAGCGUCGCAGAAAGCCAAAGCCGGAUCAGGAGGAGGAGCAAACCACUUCCAGACGCGAGGUGCCACCACCGCCGGAUCUAAGGAAGCGCCUGUACUUCAGGAACUUCCUUUCCAACCGAACUGUGAAGUCGGGCAGCAAUGUCAAGUGGAUGGUGAACAUUGAUGGACCGGAGCCAACGGCCAAGUGGUUCUUCGGUGAUCAACCAAUCGCCUUCGGACCAAAGAGCAAGAUGUCCAUGCAGGAUGGCAUCGCCUGGUUGAAUCUCGUUGGUGUUACCGAGGAGGAUGCCGGCGAGUACACUUUGCGAGUCAGGGGUAGUGAAAACGAAAUUGUGAGCACUUGCAACUUGUUUGUGUACAGCACGGGCAAGCCAGAGGUUAUCUCGCCCACCUUUGUAGUGGGCAUCAAAGACACAUAUUCUCUUAACGAGAAUGAGUUGGUUCUGGAUUGCCGCGUACGAGGCCAACCGCGUCCUGAGAUUCAGUGGAUCAAGGGCACCGAGCCCAUUGAAAACGGCGAGAAGUACAAGCUGAGCGACCAGGCCGAUGGCUACGCCAAGCUGGUCAUCCUGAAUCCCACGGAGAAGGAUUCGGGCGUCUACUGGUGUGUGGCCCGCAACGAGGGAGCCGAGAACAAGAUCUCCCACCAGGUGGACUUCAAGGGUCGCCAGCACUACUCGCUGCAGAAGACGCAUGGCUUCUUCCACCGCGACCCCAACAAGCCGCACUUCCUGCUGCCCCUGGGUAACCAGACCGUUUGCAAUGGAGGCACCGUGGCCAUCUCGGCCGAGUUCAUGCAAACCAGCACACCCAUCGAGGUCAAGUGGUACCGCGAUCGCCGGGUGGUGGACGGACCCAAUGUCAAGGCCUUGUCCGAUCGCGGCGUCUACACGCUGACCAUAAUGAAUGCCGGUCCCGAGGUCGAGGGCACCUACACCUGCCGGGCCUCCAACGCCUUUGGACGCAUUGAGUCCCAUGCCAACAUCGAUGUGGCCGUUGGAGCUGAGAAGGACGAACGUCCUCCGUUGUUCCUGUCCCGCCCAGACACCGAAAUGAAGAUCGCCGUUGGUGAUCCGUUCUCACUGUCCUUCCGUAUUGCCGGCGAACCGAAACCAAAGCUCACCUUUAUGAAGGGCACGAAGGACAUCACCCAGUCGGAUCGGGUCAGCAAAGAGGUGUCCGACGACUACACAAGAUUCUCAGUACAGCAGGCCCAGAUCUCCGACUCUGGCACUUACUUCGUGGUGGCCCGCAACAACUUUGGCACUGACAGGAUAUUCGUCACUGUGACGGUAAACCCGCGAGCUCGCUCCGCCACGCCAACACAAUCACGCUGGGGCCUUCCCCUGGACAGUUACAGCGAUACUUCGUACUUCAGAGAUCCACCGGGUUGCAUUUCCACCGAGCCCCUGGUCGUCGAUUCCGGACCAACCCACAUCUCCUUGUCGUGGGGCAAGCCCGUCAGUGCAAACUCGGCUCCGGUGAUGGCUUACAAAGUGGAGGCCUGGGUUGUGGGUCACGAGGGCGGUGCAUACUGGCGUGAGCUGGGUCUCACGCCCAUUAACUCCUUCGACGCCUUCAACCUGAAGCCCAACUUGGAGUACCACUUCCGGGUGACGCCCAAGAACCGCUACGGCUGGGGUCCCACCGUCCAGACCAGUUCGCCCCUCCAAGUGGGCGGCGUUGAGUGCCUGCCCGAGUUCGUCAAGAUCCUGCCGGGCCAGGCCAAGGCUCUGCUGGGCUCCUCCUUCACCCUGCAGUGCAAUAUGCGUGGAGCUCCUCGGCCGCAGGUCACAUGGUUCAAGGAUGGCAUCCAAUUGAGCAGCAGUUCGGAGCGCGUCAAGAUUAGGCAGAUUGGAUCCACCUGCGCCCUCACCAUUGCCACUGUGAGUGAACUGGACUCGGGUCGUUAUACGUGCGAGGCCACCAACUCCAAGGGCAGAGUCUCCACAUUCGCCCGCCUCCAGGUUGUCUCCGAUUCGAGGAUCUAUGAGGCGGACUCGCGCCUGAAGGAGAUCGCCCACGGACGCAAUGUGGCCGAUGUGGGUGACUCGCUGCCCAUCUUCACCAUGCGCCUCAGGGACCGUCGCGUUCAGGUCACCUAUCCAGUGCGCCUCACCUGCCAGAUUGUGGGCUAUCCUGUGCCGGAGAUCCUGUGGUACAAGGACGAUCAGCUCAUCCACACUGAUAGGAAGCAUUUGAUCAGCUCCGAAGGACAGUUCUUCACGCUGGAAAUCGCAGCCACCACUUUGGAGGAUAGUGGCACCUACACCUGCCUGGCCAAGAACGAACUGGGCUCCGUUUCCUGUCACUGCACCCUGGUAGUCGACAAGGGCAUCCGGGCGUACAUCUCACCAGACUUCUAUGUGCCUCUGGAUCCCUUCUACAUAUUCCGCGAGGGCUCCGAAAUCCGUCUGUCCACCAAGGUGGAGGCGUAUCCAUCCGUGGGAGUCACCUGGCAUCGCAACGGGAUGCGCCUGCGUCCAAGUCGACGUCUGACCGCCACCCUGGACUCGAAUGGAUUCGUGGAGCUCAUCAUUGCCGAGGCCACGGUCCGCGAUGCCGGCAUUUAUGUGUGUGUCGCCUCUAAUGUCGUGGGCAAAGUGGAGACCAUCUGCCGGGUGGCCAUCGAGGAGGAGGACAACAAGACGGUGGCUUCACAGCGAUCCCUGGAAAUACCAAGCAUCAAGACUGACGACCUGCCUUAUUCCAAGGAGCCCCUGUUUGUGGUCAAGCCGCGAUCCAGCGAAGCCUACGAGGGCGACAACGUCAUCAUAUUCUGCGAGGUGGUUGGCGAUCCCAAGCCCGAAGUGGUUUGGCUGCGCGAUUUUCUGAAUCCGGAGUACUACAAGGACGCGCCCCACUUCCGCCGCAUUGGAGACGGACCCGAGUACCGAUUGGAGAUACCCAGCGCCAAGUUGGACUUCACCGGCACCUACUCCGUGAUAGCCAGCAAUUGCCAUGGCGAGGCCAAGGCUGUAAUAUCGCUACAAAUCUUCGCGAAAGAUAUACUCAACAAUAGCCGCAUGGAUAAAGUGUACACGCGACAUGGCAACAUCGAGACUCUUCCCCGAUUCGUUCGCAACUUACGAAACCUGCGCUGUUGCGAUGGGGAUGCGAUAUCGCUCGAGUGCCAUGUGGAGGCCGAUCCGGAGCCAUUUAUCAUCUGGGAGAAGGAUGGGCAUGUGGUGCCCAGCGAUCGCGACUACGUGAUGUCGUUCGACGGAACGAAAGCGACGCUUAGUAUUCCGCGCGUUUAUCCGGAGGAUGAGGGCGAGUACACAUGCGUGGCCAAAAACUCGGUGGGCCGGAGUCUCUCCUCCGCGUGCAUCAUUGUGGACGUGCCCGAGGAGAAGGAGAACAUGCUGAGUCGCCAGCUGACGCGUCCCAGUGGCCUGCUCUCUGCCCACUCCACGCCCCGUUCCACGCCGAGAUCGACGCCUGCGAGGAGCUUCUCCCCGCUCCGCAUGUCAUAUCGCACUAGCAGCAUCGAUCUGAGCGGCGUGGCAGAGCGGAGGCGCAGUGACGCCCGCAACGCCAUCACGGCGCCCAAGUUCCUCGCCAUUCCCUACAAUCGCGUCGUCGAGGAGGGCGACAGUGUGCGCUUCCAGUGCGCCAUUUCCGGCCAUCCCACGCCCUGGGCCACCUGGGACAAGGAUGGCUUCGUGGUCACGCCCACGCCGCGCAUUGCCGUCAAGGAGAUCGACGACCUGCGCAUCAUCGAGAUCGAUGAGGUCUCCUUCGACGAUGCCGGUCUCUACCGCGUCACGUUGGAGAACGAUUUCGGGCGGAUCGAGGCCACCGCCCGCCUGGACGUCAUCCGCAGCUCCCGCUACUCCAAGUCGCCCUCGGUGCGCAGUGUGCGCGCCUCCUCCUCCCGCCGAAAUGCCCACCUCUACAGGCGCUUAAUGGGUCCAUCCACAGCAAUUGGCGGACGCAUGGCUCUGGCCAGUGGCUAUCGUGGCUCCUCGGUGCCCUCGGUGAGAUUCUACCACAACAACGUGGAACUAGAGGAAUCGGAGCGAGUGCACAUCCUGCUGCAGGAGGAGGACUCGAUGGCCCUGCUGAUCGUGGACAAUGUGACGCGAGAGGACGAGGGCCUGUACACCUGCAUCUUAAGCGGCGACUUCGAUCCCCUGAUCAGCUCUACCAUGGUCACCUUCCACGAACCCAAUACCGAUGUUCCGAGAGGUAGAGCCAUCAUCGCAGAACCACUGCCUGAGAUUACUAGGGCGCUGGAGGGCGAGGUGAUUGAUCUGUGCUGCGAAAUCCAUUGCGACGAGCCCUACAGCUACCUAUGGCUGAGAAAUGGCGAAAUUCUACCAGACAGCGACGAGUUCAAUUACAUUGAUCAUGGCAAUGGACGACUGGGCCUGCGAAUCAACGACGCCUUCGACAUUGACUCGGGCACUUACAGCUGCCAGGUGUUUACCAGCGACAUCAGUGACAUCUCAUCCGUAUCCAAGUCCAUCUUCGAUUCCACCUCAAUUUCCAGCGGAUGUGAUUGCAGCAGCAGCGGGGAGCUGUGCGUUUUGGAGCGAGACCUGAGGCAGCAGGACGAAGAGUGUGUCCAGUUGCUAAAGACUCCUCUUCCCGUGGUCUGUGGAUCCGGUGAGGAAGCCCUGUUCUACGCCCGUGUUUUCCCCUGCGAAGCGGAAGCCGAAUGGUACCUCAAUGGGCAACUAUUGGCCCAGGCGAAUGACUCACUUAACAUGACGUUGGAGUCAUAUCCAGAGAACGGCAUUCGGCUGCUGCGCAUGCGUGACGUCACCGCUUCGAGGAGUGGAGAGAUCUGUCUGCAGGUGAAGCAUCCCCAGACGGAAUCGAGGCGCAUUCCCGCCACCCGCACCUACACCAGCCUCCUCGUCCUGCCCGCCAUCAAGGGAAACAGCUCCUGUUCCUCGCUGGCGGCCAGAAGCUGCAUAUUGACACGCCCCGAGGACUGCACCGCCCUAAUCGGUGGCCAUGUUCGGCUGAGCGUCCGCUACGAGCCAUUCCCGGGCACCAAAGUCGUCUGGUACAAGGCGUGUCAUCCCAUUGUUGAGAGCUCCAAUGUGACAAUCCGGACUACGGGCCAACAGUCUACACUCUACAUCACGGACAUCUCGGCGGACGACAGUGGCAAGUACACGGUGGAGGUGAUGAACGACUACGGCGUGGAGGCCUCUGCCGCCUCGGUGGCAGUGGAGGGUCCUCCGGAGCCACCCAGUGGCCAACCUAGCGUGUCCCUGGGUCCAGAUCGCGUGGCAGUGGCCUGGUGUGGUCCACCCUACGAUGGUGGUUGUAUGAUCACAGGAUUUAUCAUUGAGAUGCAAACGAUUGGAGGAGACAACGAAGCCUGGACACAGGUGACCCGAGUGGUGGACACCUUAGCUUACACCGUCAAGAAUCUCGAGCCACAGAUGCAGUACCGAUUCAGGGUCCGAGCUGAGAACAUCCACGGACGCAGUGCACCCGGCCAGGCCAGCGAACUGGUGCAGAUCACCAGCAAGCCAGCGAGGAGCAGCACAUCGGAUGUCACCGAUCAUUUCGGGCAGUCGGUGAGCGUCCAGUCCGGCGGGGACUUCAAGUCCCGAUUCGAGAUCAUCGAGGAGCUGGGCAAAGGUCGCUUUGGCACCGUCUUCAAGGUGCAGGAGCGCGGCCAGCCGGAGCAACUGCUGGCCGCCAAGGUGAUCAAGUGUAUCAAGUCCCAGGAUCGACAGAAGGUGCUCGAGGAGAUCUCGAUCAUGCGCUCGCUGCAGCAUCCCAAGCUGCUUCAGCUGGCCGCCUCCUUCGAAAGUCCCAGGGAGAUUGUCAUGGUGAUGGAGUACAUUACUGGCGGUGAACUAUUCGAGCGUGUGGUGGCCGACGACUUCACCCUGACCGAGAUGGACUGCAUCCUGUUCCUGCGACAGGUGUGCGAUGGUGUGGCCUACAUGCAUAGUCAGAGCGUGGUCCAUCUGGACCUAAAGCCUGAGAACAUCAUGUGUCAUACCCGCACCAGCCACCAGAUCAAGAUCAUUGACUUUGGCCUUGCUCAACGACUGGACACGAAGGCACCCGUUCGCGUUCUCUUUGGAACCCCUGAGUUUAUACCACCAGAGAUCAUCAGCUACGAGCCCAUAGGUUUCAAGUCGGACAUGUGGAGCGUGGGCGUCAUUUGCUAUGUGCUGCUUUCGGGUCUUUCGCCUUUCAUGGGCGAUACCGAUGUGGAAACCUUCUCGAAUAUUACAAGGGCGGAUUACGACUAUGAUGAUGAGGCCUUUGACUGCGUUUCCCAGGAGGCCAAGGAUUUCAUUUCCCAGCUGCUGGUUCAUCGCAAGGAGGAGCGUUUGACCGCCCAGCAGUGUCUGGAGUCCAAGUGGCUGUGUCAGCGCCACGACGACAAUCUGAGCAACAACAAGAUCUGCACGGACAAACUGAAGAAGUUCAUCAUUCGACGCAAGUGGCAGAAAACUGGCAAUGCCAUUCGAGCUCUUGGUCGCAUGACCAGUUUGUCGGUGUCUCGACGGAACUCCGCCAUUGCCAUGGGAGCGCUGAGUAGUCCCAGGCCCUCGAUUUCGGGUCUGGGCAUGCUGACCGCCAGCGCCAUGGGCAGUGGCUUGGUGACCUCCCAGAUGACCUCACUGCACGAGGAGGAGGAUGACUUCAGUGUGGAGAUGCCGCCGCUGGUGGAGAAGCGUUCGGUCCUGAAGCUCCGCGAUAAAUCGCAGUGCAGUGAACGCAGUGAUUCGGGCUAUAGCGAGUGCUCCAAUUGCAGUGGAGCCCAGGAGACGCUGCUCCUCUCGCUGGCCAAGUCCAAGCUGGAGGCCAUAGCCAGGGCCAGCACUGCUCCCACAGUGGUUCAGGAUGCAGAUCAACCUGCCAGUCUGGAACUGCCCACCACGGGAAAUGCCAUCAUGCGAUCGGACUUCACCAACACCGUCAAGAUGCGCAAAAAGUCACUGGAGGACAGCGCUGCGCGGGAGAAGCCCAAGUCCAAGCCCCAAGUCAAGCCUCUGUGUGAGUCCAAGCUGAAGGUGUCCCAGCUGAAGGAUAGGUUCCAGGGUAACCCUGCUCCUGCUCCUGCUUCUGCUACUGCAUCCGCUGCUAACAAACCUCCGCUUCCAUUUGAGCCCUUCAAAAUAGCCAAGGUGGCGAGUGUGGGACGCAUCAGUAGAACAGAGGAGCCGAGGAAAUCCGAACGAGGCAUCGUCACUGGCAUCUCAAUUGGAUCCUCUAAAGGCAAGCCUCCUCAGGCACGAUCCAUGCCCAGUUCCCCGCUGCCCCAGCGAUCCGCCACGCCGACGAGGCUGAUGAGCCACCGGGUCCGGGAGGCGACGGAGCGUCUUGCCCAACAUCACACUUUGGCCAGUGCUCAGCGGCAGUUUGGAAAUGGCAGCAAUGCCAACAGUAAUGGCAGUGGUAACAACAACUUUGGCAAUGGCAGCACGAUGGCAAUGGCGGAGACAAAUCGCGAAUCACGCGCACGACGUCUCAUCAACCGAUUCAACAACGAAACGCAGCAUAUCACGUCCUAGAUUAAGUCGGUCAUGCGACCGAUCAACAUAACUUUAUUACAGAUUUAGCAGAGAUAUAGCAUUGUUUAAGCAGAAACCCCAGAGAAACUCUACGAACACUCGAAUAUGAAGCGAAUGCUAAGCGACUGCGUACCAGAACGCACCCACCCAGCAUCCCACAUACCGCACACACCCACUCACAGUAGGAUAUGUCUGCAUCCGGAUACGGACACGGAUUCGAAUACGGAUGCACUCCCUCCAGUCAGAGGGACUGUACUUAGGCUAGAGGAAGCUAAGUGUUUAAAUUAUUGUAUCGAUUUAUAUACAUAUUUACCAUACUAAUUAAAGUUAAUGUGUAACGAAAA